UAGAUGGACUGUUUUUUUGUUUUGUUUUAUUCCUCUAGGUUAAGCAUCAUUAUUGCGAAACGCUAUUCUACCAAGCGUAACCCAACAAGAUGACGAACACGUCUCAAUCAACUUCGAAUGAUCCUUUUGGUGACUACCGGGCUGAAACUGCUGUCAUUGAAGUGACUGUGGCUAUUCUCAUUUCCCUCUCAGCCACGUUCGGUAACUCACUUGUUGUGUAUGUUAUUAACAAGGUAUCCAGGCUUCGUAAUGACACCAACUUGUUCAUACUUAAUCUGGCAUUGACUGACAUCGCCAUGGGGACGAUAUAUAUGCCAUUCCAGAUUGCCAACCUGUGCACAGGAGUUUGGAAUUUCAGCCAAGUGUGGUGUCAGAUGACUGGAUCAAUUUUCUUCAUUUUGUCUUACGCCUCCAUAUUCACCAUGGGAUUGAUAGCUUUUAAUCGUUACAUAAGGAUUAUAAAACGGACCCUUUACAAAAAAUUAUUCCCCAACAAAAGAGCAGCUCGAAUGUAUUGUGCUCUCAUUUGGCUUUUUUCCAUCCUUCUCGCCAUACCUCUUCUUACUGGUUGGGUAAGGUCUUCAUAUGACGAGAAACUUAAUCAUUGUAAGCUAAGGUCAUAUGCAUACCCAACAUUUAUUGGGGCUGUGUUUACUAACGGAGUUAUGAUCGCAAUAUUUUACUGCUACUACAAAAUCUAUAAAGCUGUGAAAGAAAGCACGGACAAUUUGAACGCACAUGCUGAGGGGAAUGGAGUCCACUCUUCAAAUGAUUCUCGCCGUUCCAACAUUCCUGACGUAAAAGUUUUAAAAGCAUGCUUCACCGUAGCUUGUUUCUUCGUGAUAACAUGGUGCCCAGUCCUUAUUGUCGCGGGCACCGGCGUUUUAAGGUUUGCUAUUGGACAAAAGUUCUAUAGAGCAAGCAUUUUCUUGAUGUUCUCGGGUAGUAUGGUAAAUCCAUUUAUCUAUGGGUUUAUGAAUCCGCAAUUCAAACAGGCCUUUAAAAGAACACUCAGUUGUGGUUGCUAUGGUAACGAAAAUACAGAUCAGAGUCACUCAAGGAAUAGAGUAAGAUAAUAGCAUCUUGUAGAAUCACAAUGAGCAGCAUCCAUGACAAUAGUCAUAUGAAAACAAUAGUUACGCGGUGGUGAUAAUAUUUAUCAGCAGUCUAAAUGAUAAGAAACAUAUACAUAUUUAUCCUUAUAUUGUCUAUUGUAACUGUGCCUGGUCGUCCACAUACGUAUCUAACUUAAAUAGAAUUUAUUUCUUGCAAAAGCGAGCUGUGCGGGCUAUCACCAACUCAGACUAUCGAGCCCAUUCCGCUCCUUUAUUCUCUAAACUAGGAAUUUUAGAUAUUUUCCAAGUCAAUACGUUUGAAAUCGCCAAAUUCAUGUUUUAUUAUUAAAAAUAACUUAUUGCUUCCAUUGCUUCUCAAUCUUUUUGUAACGAAUAGCCAAAUUCACAACUAUGUUACCAGAACAGCCAGUAAUUAUCGAACGCAUUUGUGCCGUACAAAUCUCAAGCAAUUUACAAUUCUUUACCAAGGUCCUAAAAUUUGGAACUCUCUUCCUGUUUCAGUCACUCGUUCGUCAAACCUUCUUAGUUUUAAACCAAAAAUGCAAGAGUUUUUACUUAAAUAAUCCUUGAAUUGGCCUACCCGCACAUUCGCAGCACUUUUUCUUUACUUUAUUUAUUAAUGUAAGCGAGGUGGCUCUCCCAUAAGCCCGGUGGCUUCCUGGGUCUCCUCGCCUUCUAGCUAUAACCGCUGUAAAUAAAUUUUUUUGUAUUGUGUAAAUAAGGCAAAUAAAAAUAUGAUGAUGAUGAUGA